GAAGCUUUUCUGCUUUCCUUCUCUCUAUAUACCUCCAAACGCGCUAGCACGUCUGGUAUUGUUACUGUAGCAGAUGGAAGGCCUAUAUGAUCCCACGUUGGAGCUCGUCCAAGCCAUUAACAAUAUGCAUAUUAUGGACCCGGACACAGUCGGCGAUUCCAGUAAUAUCAAUGGCCCAAAUAUAUUCUCGUAUACUGCGCCAAACUUUAGUGCGCCUUUGUCAGGUUGGGUGGCGGCGCCAACGCCGUCCGAUGGGUAUAACGGGCACAUCGUGAAGGACUUCAAUGAAGAGACCUCCACUGAUGAAAAUAUUCACCAAUACUGUUCUCGUUGGCCACCUCAUCGGACGCCCGUGACGUACUGUAACUGGAUCUCAGUUAAUCGCGACACCGUCCCUAAAGCCGCUCAGGAGAACCAAGUUGAUGCGCUCAAAUCCUCGUUCCAAGCCCUGUUGGCACGGGGAAACAAAUUUAUCACUGUUGACUCCCUUGAUCAAAUUGCGUGCGAGAGCAACGUCGUAUCCGGGAAGUGGCUCAUAUUUUCCGAUUCGAGAGGGUUAGGCGAGUUUUGGGAGGACGUUGUGCGGUUGGUCUGUUUGUUCCGUCGUAAGGGGUGCGCCAAGGUAUCCCCGAACAAGGGUCACGACCGCUAUGUCAUCUGCAUCUACGCCGAUGAUUACACAGACUUAGAAGAUGUAAAUGCUUUACGUGACGGCCUGCGGAGGAUUGGCGUUACAUGGAAGAUUGGUUUCAAAAUGGAUGCCUAUACACACCUUGGUAUUUAUGGAAAGAAUGCUUGGGGAAUUCGGCCUAAUCGCUACUGGCAAUGAUUUUCACGUGUUUCUGUAUUUCUGUAUUCUUGAUACUUUCCAAGCAGACCCAGAUUCCUGUAUCAUCUCACGUUUCCUGAUAGCAAUAU